AAGAACUGCUGAGAGGAGUACCUUUUGCUUCAGCAACAGAUUGUUACUGGGAACAUGAAAGCACAUGAAUGCAGUGGGGAGAGAAGAUGGACUGAAUAACCUGGAUCAUGGUGUCUGAAAUCCUGAGUGAGGAGGUGACAGACUCCACCUGCUGAUGGAGACGUGUACCAUGGCAAACCCAGAACAGGGAAAUCAAACAUCCAUCACAGAAUUCAUCCUCCUGGGAUUCAGCACUUUCCCUGAACUUCAGAUCCUUUUCCUGCUGUUUCUCAUGAUCUACGUUGCAACCAUGGCCAUUAACCUCCUCAUCGUGGCACUAGUUGUGACUGAUCAGCACCUUCACACCCCCAUGUACUUCUUCCUGGGGAACUUGUCCUGCUUGGAGACCUACUACACCUCGACCAUCCUGCCCAGGAUGCUGGUCAGUCUCCUGACUGAGGACAGGACUAUUUCAUUCAAUGCAUGUGUCACACAGUAUUAUUUCUUUGGUUCUAUGGCUGCCACAGAAUGCCUUCUCUUAGCUGUGAUGUCUUAUGAUCGGUAUUUAGCCAUCCACAAACCACUUCACUAUGCAGUCUAUAUGAGAGGCAGGUCUUGCCUCCAGCUUGCAGGUGGCGCUUGGAUAGGUGGCUUCCUAGGUAAUAGCAUAACAACAUUGUCAAUAUCACAGUUAGCUUUCUGUGGCCCCAAUGGUAUUGACCAUUUCUUUUGUGAUCUUAUCCCCCUCGUAAAACUCUCCUGCAAUGAUCCUCAGCUGAUGGAAAUGUUGACUUUCACACUCUGCUUGAUUUUCACACUGGUCCCAUUCCUACUUACCUUGAUGUCCUACAUCUGCAUCAUUGUGACCAUCCUAAGAAUCCCUUCCACCACUGGGAGGCAAAAGGCCUUUUCCACCUGCUCCUCCCACCUCAUUGUGGUGACUAUUUAUUAUGGAACUCUACUGAUUGCCUAUAUGUUCCCAACAACCAACACACUGAGAGACUUCAAUAAAAUUCUCUCUGUCUUCUACACUAUCCUGACUCCCCUGGUCAAUCCCCUCAUCUACAGCGUGAGAAACAAAGAGAUCAAGGAGGCCCUGAGGAAAGCUCACAGGAAAUGCAGGUUUGGACAAUGCUAGCUGAUCAGUUUCCUUAGGUUAAAAUGAAAUAGGUUUGAUUCUGCCCCUAAAAUCAGACCACUAAAGUUAAAAGGUCACAUUUCUAUUCUCUUCAAUGGGCUUCAU